AUGCGAAGCUCUUCAUUUUUGAACGAGGGGGACAGACUUUCUAAGUGGAAAAACAGGAAACUUCCGAGUGACGAAGCUUCUGUUGAAGUCGAUGACACGUCUGUGAAGCAAAGAGAGGGCGAUGAGGGGGAUGCUAAAGCGGCGGAGAAUGCUGGUGGGCUGAUCGUCGGCAGAUCGUCGGCGGUGACCUUAACAGAAAUUGUGAGCCUCGCCCAAACUUUGAUCUCGCUCUUGCCACGUGUCCACGUUACGUUUAUAUUGAUUCAACUUGUCCGAUCUCGUCGCCCGCCUCCCAACGGAGGGGUAGAUCAUUCACAUCGGCUGCGAUGCGCAUAUUAG